AAGCAUCCAUCCACCCAUAAAAACUACGUGAGAUGAAUAUGAAUUAUCUCUAAGGCGCGGCCUAUAUAGGGGAAACGCAGAUCCAACGUAUACCGUUCCACUUCUGCUUCAUUUCAAAACCCUCCCCAGAAACCCAAUCAAGAAACCGGAACAAAAUCCCUUCAACAAUGCCUCCUCGCGCAUCCAAGAGAAAAGCUAAUCCCACAAAAUCCGCCCCUGCCAAGGCUCCUAAAGUUGAUUCUGUUCGCUCCGUUUAGCCUCGAGCAAAGGGAAAGCCGCAUCAAAAGUGACAGAAUGCAUAGAUAACCUUUUCAGUUUAUAUGCUAACAAAUCAUUGGGUAUAAUUGAUCCAGAUGGUGUUGAGGCAUUGUGCGCUGAUCUAGAAGUAGAUCAUACUGAUGUGAGGAUUUUGAUGCUUGCUUGGAAAAUGAAAGCGAACAGACAGGGAUAUUUUACUCAGGAUGAAUGGCAAGUAGGCUUGAAAGCUCUUCAGGUUGAUUCCAUUACAAAAUUAAAGAAAGCACUCCCAAAGUUGGAGGCAGAGGUCAUGAUGCCUGCUAAUUUUGAGGACUUUUACGCUUUUGCAUUCCGCUACUGCCUAACAGAGGACAAACAAAAAUGCUUAGACAUCGAAAGCAUAUGUGUACUGGUAGAUCUUGUUUUGGGAUCACAAUUCCGGGCUCAAGUUAACUCAUUCACUGAAUAUCUUAAGAGUCAAGGUGAUUAUAAGGUACUCAAUUUGGAUCAAUGGACAAAUUUUCUUCGGUUUUGCCAAGAGAUAAGCUUCCCGGACCUCGAAGGCUAUGAUGCAAGCCAAGCAUGGCCGGUUAUUCUUGACAAUUUUGUUGACUGGGUGAAAGAAAAGAGAAGUUAACUGCAGCUUGAAACCAUCUCUUCUAAUAGCUACCAAAUCUGUGGAGUUCAUUGCAGCCAUUUUUAUGUGUCAAAAGGCGUUUGUGCUUGCAGGGAUUUUCUAAACAUCAUCAACUGAAGUAACCUGCCGCCUUGUGACAGUUAUCAAUCUACUGAGAAUAUGAAGCUUUACAUUGUUUUGACAGGAACACCAUUAUCCUUAGUUCAAGCUAGUUACUCAUACAAAAUGUUUUGAAUUAAACAAAGAGAACACUGAUGGUAUGGGAUGGUGAAUGUGUGUUGAGGGUGCAUGAAUAAUUUCAGCUACAAUUUUUUUGUCCAUAAACUCAUAUGCUUCAAAAUGAUGUCACUAAGCAAAUGAAGGUGUUGAAUGACAGAAUCACACUUGCCCUCUGAAAUUCUUCAUCUUUCUGUAAAGAUGUUUGAUUGUUGCAUUCCUAGAACAAUGCAGAGUCAGCAGAGACAUCUGAGCAAUAGACCUCUCUCAAUGGCUAUGGUCACAUGGUCCAUCUGGGUAAACCAGCAGUUGGAUAGGUGAUAUAUACACUAUUAAAAUAAAACGGAUAAUGUAUACUUAUCAUAUUGAUUUAAACAACGAAUCAUAUGAUUGCAAUGCCUAUGUUUUGAUACUUAUCAAAUACUC